AUGCACGAUACAUCGGAGUUCAAAUUCAGUCCACUCAUCGCCGGAAUCUUUGAGCACGACUCGGACCUUCAGAGAUUGCUGAAGGCUAGUACUGUUUCGAUUCUCGAAGCUUACAAGGUUCCGAGCUUGCCAUGGGCGGCAGAAUACGAAGAAGUCUCCCAUCAAACCACCAUCCAUCAUGGGCUCUCUGGCUUCGGUCACCGGAACUCUCUCCUUGUCAUAUACGUCGCAGCUGUUAUGCUUGCAAACCGCAAGCGUUUUCAGAGACAGGGUUUACACUUGCAUUUUUCUAUCUAUGAGAUGCAAAGCCAGGACGAAGGCGGUUCGGGUAAUUCAUUCCAGACCAAUUGCGACGGGGCGCUCAACACUGGGCUUCCUGGACAAGUCAAGCUUCCGACAGUCACCUUGAACGAGAUGCUCUGUGAUCCAGACAUUCCCGACGUCACCAGGUUAACCAACUUGACCAACUUGGCUCAAUGCGUUACGGAUGGAUUAGACGUAUCUCAGCACAAGGAGGAUCUCAAAGAACAGAAUCCGGCGGCACUAGCCAUGUUCAUCGAAGCGAUCCGUAAAGCAGAAGUCGACACGUCUCUCGCAUUUACCACUAGAGGUACAGUCGGGAAGAUUCAUCAUCUCAAGAUCCAGGACGCCCUGGACUACAUUCAAGAGAACAUGAAGGAUAUGAUCACUAUCGAAUACUUCUUCAACUACGAGGUGGUUGGGCUCGUGUCGACCAACCCACAGAAACCGCAGCUGGAGGUGCGGAGGGUUGGCAGUUCCAAGUCGCGACUGGUAGAGUUUGACUUCGUUCAUCUUUCCAAUGGGACACCUUGGAAGUCUCCGGUGCCGGACAAGCUUCCGGGACUUCCAGUUUACUCAGGUAUCCCCAACCAUUAUGAUAUCCGUCACUUCCUCGAAAACUGUCAACUCCUCGAGAACGGGAAAAUCAGGCCCGGUGCGCGGAUUGGGAUUACCGGAAUGAGUCUGUCAGCAUACGACUUCGUUCCACUUAUUCUCAACUGUACAUCGAUCAUCGAGCCGAGUGAGACUGAGGGCUACAGGAUUAACGAGGAGGAAGCCGCCAAAUAUGCAGGACUUCUCACUUUUGUUAGCAAUUCGGGAGAUCCUGCGCCUCCUCGGCAUACCCACCCUAAACAUUUUGCAGUGGUCCGGCCGAUCCUCACGACGGAGGAGGUCCAUACGAUGUUAUUGCAGAAGGGAUUUGAAUGGCUCAGUUUUUGGAAACUUUUCUUUCACGCAAACGUCGCUCGCUCCCUCGGAAAGCUACCUCGAGACCUCCAGAGUCAGCAUGACAUGGCCCCCAAGGAUCGGAUGAUUGAUUAUGCCAGACAAACCGAGGCGCACUUUAAUGGCCAAGUUACAGAGGUGGGAUUACUACGUACAGGAUAUUGGUUGAUCUACGGGGGUCAAGGGUUCGAGGUUGAUCCUGACAAGGCGGAGGAUGCCCUAGUGAAGAAAGCUCCACUUUCGCGGAGAGAGCGUUCUGGAAAUCUACUGCGCAGGGCCGCGUUGUCGGAGGUCACAAAAUUAGACUAUGUAAAGGCUGGUCACUCCAACAAGGAAUUCUUCGACGAAUACCACACCAUGCACUUUACCAUUUCCGGUUCACCAGCACGAAUCCAUCAUCUUAUCUCCCGUAUGUUCGAGCUUGGUGUCGCGACGCAUGUUUCAGGCAAAUUCGAAGACAUCGCGCGAGGAGAGUCCAUCGCUAGUGGACACCAGGUCGACGCCCUCUUUGCUCCCAAGUCUUUGGAUCGUAAAUGCGACAAGGUCUUCAGGUCGCUUGAAGGUCAAGUGAAGGUGGUGGUUGACGGACAACCUGAGUAUGGCAAGGGAAGGUUUCUUAAGGCACUCGACGGGUCCUUUGUUCAUGCAAUGGAUAUGGGCAUGGGUGGCCACGGCACUCGUGUAAAACUCCCAGGGUCCUCUGGUACUGACGAAUCGAUUGUUGGUAUGCGUUGGCUGGACACCGCCACCCUCGAAGCUGCUGCGAAAAGCGCGGCUACGGUCGCACCGAUGACCGUUUUGUUGAGCUCCAUUGCUGCUCAGCAAGGCAUUGGCAAAGACCCUGUUGAUCGCCUGCUGCAGUAUUAUAGGAAGUGUCUUCCAUCUGACGAAGAUUUCGCCAAGGAGACUGCUCAGUUCAAGCCGGUAUGGAGAGAGAUCAACGAGAAACACGCAUUUUUACAGCUGUGCCAGGAGGUGACCUGUAACGGUGACGAGUAUCUUGACUACUCGGAGAAGGUCUUUGACCGGGAGUCCCGCGAAAAGGUCGUUAGUGAUUUGGCGAAAAGGCAUGUUACUGCUGUCAAGAAUUACCAUGACGCUAUCGUCUGCAUUCAAGACUUUGAUCCCCCAUCUGUAGAAGAGUUUUAUAUUGAGCGGUUUGUUGACUUCAGUCCAUCUGAGGUUGAGAGUUGCUGGGAAAAGCAUUGUUUGUUGAUGGAUUAA